CAAAGAAACAGAGACAUGGCCUCACGAGUUACAGCUCUGCUCCUGCUGGGUUUCAUCUGUGUUGGGUUUGCGUCUGCUCAGAUUGUGGUGGACUGCUGUCUGAAGGUCAGUGAGAAGCGUCUGCCGCUCCACAUCCUUGUAAGCUACACCAUUCAGGGUGCUGGGAAAGGAUGCGAAAUCAGCGCCACUGCGUUUAUUACAAAGGCUGGAAAGACACUGUGUGUCUCCCACCCCGCCGACCAAUCAUGGGUGCAAAGUCACAUUGAUUAUCUGGAAAAGAAAAAACAAAGACUUCAAGAAGAACAGGCUCAACAGCAGGCAGCUUCCAGAAAGACAAAAGAGACAACCUCACCAGCUCAGCGACCAGACAUGGCUCCGUGGGGUGACGCCAAGCUCUUCUUCUGCAUCCUCUUCAUCACCUGUUGCUGCACAGUGACAUGGGCGCAGAUACCCAUGGACUGCUGCUUGUCGGUCAAACCCACCAACCCAAUGGACAAAAAGGCUUUUGCAGACUACCGUCAACAGAUCAAGGGGCAGGGCUGUCCUGUCAAUGCCAUGAUUUUGGUGACCAGAAAUGGCAAGAAACUCUGCGUGCCCGACAACGAACCGUGGAUCCAGGAAGUGGUGAAGCAUGUGGAUACCCUGAAGAAAUACUGCAAGAAACAAAACUACAAGGGUAAACGCUGCGCUGGAGUGACGCCUGAGUAAACUUAGAGGGACUUGUGACCCCUUCAGCAACAACAAGAGAGUGGACCGCUGCAAGUCAGGAAGGGGACAAGGCGGAUCAAACCAACGAACUAACAGGCGCAAAUGAUUAAGUUUUAUUGAUUCCUCCUGUUAUUAAAGAGUGCUUUCUUUAUUUUUCUAUCUUAUUUUAUAAAGUGAUGUUUGGGUCUGAAUGAAAAUGAAACACUUUGAAGGAUAUUUUUUUGUGGCAUUUAUGUUUUAGGAGAUCAAGGAUUGUGGGCGAAAUAUCAAAGUUUAAAAUGUGAAUGUUUGGUAAGAGUGUGUAACUCCAAACAACUGAACAACUCAGGCAGUUUGUUGUAUUCAUUUCUUUGAUGGGUGACCUCAUUCAAAAUAAAGCCGUUGUUUUUUCACACCCUGA